AUGAUCAAAACUCAGAACUUCUGCUUAAAUGUAAUUUUCGUAGCCUGUCUGAUAGUAUCAUCAUCAUCAUUAUUACUACUGACUUUUGGUAGUACACAUAUUCAAAAAAAUACUUCUCAAAAUUCAUCUACUUGUCAACUACAACUAGAAUGUAUUGGAGCUAGUUCAUCUGGAUAUGGUCGUGUACGUAUACCGGUUCGAUCAGCUAGAGGUCCAGCUGGACCAACAGGGGAACAAGGAAAUCCUGGACCACCUGGUCCACGUGGAGAAACAACAAAAUUACAACCAAUAUGGAUUCCAAGACCAGUACAAUAUCAAAUAGCAUUUUAUACAGGUUUAUCAAAAAGUAUUGAAAAUAAACCAAUGAAUAAAAAUUGUCAAUUAAUCUUUGAAACAGUUCUAUUAAAUCUUGGCAAUGGAUAUAAUAAUACUACAGGUGUAUUCACUGUACCUAUUUCUGGUGUUUAUAUAUUUGUUGUAGUUAUUUCAGCACAAAGUUAUGAAAAAGCAGGUGUACGAUUAUUACAAAAUGGUCAAGUUGUUUUACUUUCAUGGUGUGAAAGUACAUUUUGGUCAACUGUAACUAAUCAAGCCAUUAUACAAUUGAAUAAAAAUGAUCAAAUCUGGUUGGAGUGUAGAGAUGAAGCAUAUCGUUUACAUGGACAUAUGUAUAGUAGUCUUUCUGGUUAUCUUCUUUAUCCUUAUGUUACGUAA